CUCUCUCUCUCUCUCUCUCUCUCUCUCGACACCAUUCCCAGCUCAAUGAUGCUCUCCGAGUACCUGAAGAGUGGUGGUACUACACUCACACCAAGGAAAGGAAUGUCAUGCCUCUUUUCCUUCUCGCAUGUCAAAAACCAUUCUUCUUACACACCUUCAAGCACUUCCACCGGUCCAAAACCUUCCCCGACCUUGUCUCUUUCGAUGAUGGAGGAAAACAUCGAAACAGCUGAAUUCAUCAUCACGAAAUGGGAUCCAAACUCCUCCUCAUACACCAAACUCACGUCUAUCUUCCAGAGUAGCAGAAAAGAGGCCAAACAGCUUCUCAAAUCCGUAAAGGACUUGCGUAGUGCUAUGCAUGUUUUGGUUCAUGAAAGCUCUCCAUCCAGCAAGCUCGUGCUUGCUCAAAACCUAAUGCAAACAGCUAUGAAAAGGCUUGAAAGGGAGUUUUAUGAGAUAUUGUCUGCAAACCGGCGUCACCUUGACCCUGAAUCAGUUUCAAGUCGAACCUCAAUCCGAUCAUGCACAUUUAAUGGUGAAGACGAGGGUGGAUCAGAAGAGUUGGAAAUUGUUGGUGGGUCGAUCACUGAGGUGGAGAGGGUCUCGGCUCUCGCCAUGGCGGAUCUGAAAUCCAUAGCGGAUUGUAUGAUCAGUUCCGGCUAUGGUCAUGAGUGUGUGAAGAUAUACAAAGUUAUCCGAAAGUCAAUAGUAGAUGAGGGAUUGUAUCGCCUUGGAAUCCAACAGUUCAAGUCUUCCCAAAUCCAUAAAAUGGAUUCGGAAGGACUAGAAAACAUAAUCAUGAACUGGAUGGAUGCUGCGAAGAUUGCUGUGAAAGCACUAUUUCAUGGAGAAAAAGUUCUCUGUGAUCAUGUGUUUUCAGCAUCCGAGACAAUCGCAGACUCAUGCUUCUAUGAGAUAACAAAAGGAGGAGCAACCACCCUAUUCAGAUUUCCGGAACUCAUAGUGAAGAACAAGAAGUGCCGGGAAAGAAUUUUCUGGCAACUGGAACUCUACGAAGUAUUCUCCAAUCUUUGGCCAGAGAUUGAAUCAAUAUUUACCUCUGCAUCAACCCAAGCAAUAAAACUACAAGCUCUCGCAUCGUGGCUCAAACUUUCAGAUUCUGUCCAGUCUAGUCUUUCUGUCUUUGAAUCAACCAUUCAAAAGGAUUCAUCAAAAUUUCUAGCCUCUGGUGGCAGGAUUCACCCGUUGACACAAUCAGUGAUGAAUUUAGUAUCUUCAUUAGCAGACCACCAUGGAGCUCUCUCGGAUAUCCUUGCUGACUAUCCACCACCGAAGAAUCAAGUAUCUCACUUCAAGAGCCCAAUGGCAGAUGACGGUUCAACACCAGCAGUGUCAGUCCACCUAGCUUGGCUCAUUCUAGUCCUUAUGUGCAAGCUCGACACGAAAGCUGAAAUUUAUAAAGAUGCGUCUCUGUCAUAUCUCUUCCUUGUCAACAAUCUUCAAUUCAUUGUUGAGAAGGUGCAGCAAACACCGAACCUGAAACUCCUCCUCGGUGAAGAUUGGGUCACUGAACACACGAAGAAGGUUAAACUGUACGCUUCAAACUACGAAUCCACAGCCUGGACAAAGGUGUUAUCAUCAUUACCAGAGAAGUCAUCAGAAACAUCUCCGGAAAUGGCAAGGGAAUGCUUUAAAAGGUUCAACGCAGCGUUUGAAGAGGCAUAUAGGAAACAGACAUCAUGGAUUGUAGAGGACAGGAAAUUGAGGGAUGACUUAAAGGUUUCAAUUGAGCAGAAACUGGUACCAAGAUAUCAAGAAUUUUAUGACACAUACAUGGUAAUGCAAAGUGGGGAGAAAAAUUUGGAGUUGUUGGUAAGAUAUUCACCAGAUGACUUGGGGAAUUACUUGUCGGAUUUGUUCCUCAGGACUUCCACCUCAGUUAGUUCCACAACUUCAUCGUCACUGUUGGCUUCACAACGAUGCCUCCGCAUCUAGAUGCAAUUCUAUUACAAUACAAACUGUACCAUUUGUAAGUAAAGCUUUAUUAGUUAUAUAUACAUAAAGACUGACUCAUAUACCGAUCUAACCACUAACCUGAGGAAGACAUCGUCUCAGAAAUAGGGUAAGGAACUGAGGCUCUUCUGUAACUCUGCACUGACCGGAAGCAAGACUCACUCAAUGGGGCUUGAGAAUUUCUGUAAACUUGCGUGUGUUUAGUGAGAGCACAGGGACCUCAGUUAUAUAGUAUAUGUGAUGGGCUUUGAUUAGGAGUCCUCCCAUUAAGUAAACCCUAUCAAAGAUUAACCUUAUCACCGAAGAUUACUUAUGCAUAAAUCAGCUAGAAGAGUUCUAGUUUAUCUAAGAAUGUUUCUGACUUGUAUACCUAAGUAACACAACUCCUUAAAAGUCUACCGCAUGUGCUAAUGUUAAUCUCCUUGUCGUCCCAAAAGUCUUUGUACAAAUCACAAAGUGUUUGCUCUCAAAUAGAACUUACAUUCUCCCACUAGAGCAAAUACUUUGUAAAGUUGUAUAAUCAUACUGGAGUUGGGAAGGAUCUGAAUUGGCCAUGAGAUUAACUUUCGACACUUCUUAGUUUUCCAGUCUUCGUCAUUGUUAAGCAUUUAUGAGAAUUAUAGGGCAACACACUCAUUACACUGAAGAGUACCGUCCCCAUAAUUACUUUUAGUAAAGCUUAUCAACACAUAAGAUUGCAACAAGAUAUAUAGCAUGUAAGACACAACCAAACAUGUAUUAAUU